GAUUGGUCUGUAUAAUGCAUCUCAGGACAUGAGCGAGCUUAGCCAAACAAAUUCUUUCAUCAGAAAAACCUUCAAAGCCGAUCUACUAUCAUCUUUCAAGCUUUAUAUCUCUGCGUCUCCAAUUUCAGCAAGGAAACUUGUCGAUCAGGUAACUAGGGGGAAAAAGAAACUCCUAACAAGUGUGGCCGCUGUGGACAAUCAUGGCACAAUAGAACAAGUUGUUCACAACCGAAAUGAAGAUGGUGGAUUGCGGAUCUACGGAGACGGAGAUCGUGUGGAUAUGUAGUUGACCAUUGUGUUUUGUUUUUUUUGGGGUGGAAUGUAGUAAAUGGUUGUUGGUUGGUUUUUUGGUGGUAGUAGAAGUGGUUGGUGAUGGUGAUGGUGAUUGUUGGUUUUAGUGGAGUAGCAUUGUAGUUUAUUUUAUAAAUAGUACAUGAAUUGGAGAUUAAUGUUAAUGUGGAGACUCUGUGAAAGAGGACGUUGUUGGUAGGUCAAUGGAAUGCAUCAAUGUUUUUUGAAUGUUUGUGUAUGUAUGAAAUGCUGAGUAUAUGAAGGUGUUUAUAAAAUGACUUGACAAUGAUGGAAACGAAGUAAUGGUGUGAAUAUAAUGGAAAUCUAGAUUGUAUAUGAUGUAGUGGUUACCGGAUACUAUUGCAUAAUCUGUGGAGAUUGAUGGACAGAAAAAUCCAGGACAUUUAGUAGGCGGAUAUAUGAUGUGUGGUAUAUUGUUGAGUACAAAUCAUGUUUGGGCCACUAAUAAAAUUUUGGGCAUUGUCAUCGGCUAAGAAUAAUGGAUUUAACCUAACGAAGUAAGUCUGUAUAAAGAUUCGUAUAUGUGUUUGUGUGUGGUCACCCAAUCCAUCUUGAAGAAGUUCAAAAUCAGAGAUAAAUACUUAAAAGAAUGUUAUCUGCCGCGUAGUUCGGGUCGGGGCGAGUUCUUCUAGACAAAACCAGAGCCAGAUGGAGGGUUUAUUGUGCUAUAGUAACAGGGUGAUGGUGUUGAUGAAGCCUUGAACAGAUAAUAACCUUGGAAGAAUGUAUUACUCGUGUGAGAGAUAUAAUUUCUACUGCUGCGCGGGCGAUGAGAAGCCACAUAAUUGACAGAAGCAGAAUUUAUUAGAGUUUGAUUCAUCUUAGAUAUCUAAAAUAUUUUACAAAGAAACCAUGUGAGAUUCGAUUCGGUUGGAUUCCUUUUAAUUUGUUUCGGUUCCAUUCCAGAUCAUUUGUUCAAACAGGUUUGUUAUUACAACAGAAAAUAGGGUUAAAACUCUAUUUUAUCUUUUGUUGGGGAAAAUACUUUAAAAAAUCUGAAGUAAUUUACAUUUGUCAAAAAAAUACCUCAAUUAUUUAGACUCCUAAAAAUAAAUCCGAUAUUUUUUUUAUUGCCAAAUUAAUAUACAGACAUUUAAAAUUUAUAAAUUUGCAACUAUGAUUUUAAAGCCGUCAGUUUGAUUAACGGAAGCCAUAAACAGUGUUAAGAUUUUUAACAGUAAUUACAUUUAAUUUAUCCAAAAUUGCAUAAAUCCCCUCUCCCUUAAAUCGAGUUGCCCUAAAUUUAUUUUCCCCAAAUCACUUCCUUACGAUUCUUCUUGAUCACCAUAGCUCUCUUUUACUUGCUCUCCUCUUUGUUUAUCCUUUCUUAAGCCCAUGACCAGUCCGCUUUCUCCCCAAGAGGAGCAAUAAUAUCUGGAAGACCAACAGCUUUGUAACCGUGUUGCUGCAGAAUUCUUAGUCGAAAGCUUUCUUAUCUUUCUUCGCAAACCUCGCUGCAAACAAGACAAAGUUACAUGAGAAAUCAU